AUCAGCCGCCACUGCUGCGCCAAUCACCUCGUCGAAUGAGUCCACUUCUCAACCAUCAAAUACGGAUUCAUCAUCCUCAUCAAAUGAAGUCACGGAGUCAACGGCUGACUCCUCCACAACUGAUUCAACUCUUGAAUCGAGUGUUGAAUCUACAGCCGAACCAUCUACUGAAGCUUCUGCUGAACCAUCUACUGAAUCAUCUGCUGAACCAUCUGCAGAGUCGUCUGCCGAAGUAUCAUCCGAACCAUCUAUUGAGUCAUCCACAGUAAGUGAACCUACACUGGAAUCAUCUAUUGAAACUUCUUUACCAACUGAAUCAGUUACCCCAGGUGAGCCAUUCGUUAUAUCUGUGUUAUUCAAUGGUGAGGUGACCACCUUUGAAUCAAAUAGUACCCAUAUCAAAUUGUUUGAUGGUUCUGAAGUACAGUUUACAAUUGUUGAUGGUUUACUUCAAGUCGGUGAUUCUGGUUUUGUACACGUUGGUGCUGUUGGAGAAUUGAUUGUUGGAGAUAUUGACAGCGCCACAGGCGGAUGGGGACUUGAAAACAACAGAGUUACAUUAACUCCGUUGUCUUCUGCCAGGUUGGCGAAACGUGAAAAUGAAGUUCAAUUCUACGCUUGUCCUGCGGAGGUUGGUUAUGAUGUACGUGUAGCUGAUGGUGAAGGAUGUACUGCAAUUGAUGCAGUUGCUGGACCAUUGAGUUCACCAGAAAGCUCAACUACUGGUGAGCCAAGUGCCACUUCAUCGGCUUUCGAAAGUGGUGAAGCUACCAGCUCAUCAGAUGUUACUGAAACAGGUGCAUCUCAAGAAUCUUACCCUCUCAGUUCAACUGUUACUUCUGAGGUCGCAACAACUGACGAAGAAGGAAAUGCUUCUACAUUAACCACAACCAUAAUUGUUACUAAAGUAAGUGAAUAUUGCGCUCAAGAAUCUGCCAGCUCCGUCCAAAGUGAAGCCCACUCAUCUCAAACAAGUGCUGCUGCUGUUCAAUCUACAUGCAUCGAAAAACAGCAAAGUGUUGUAACUGUUAUUGUAUCAUGUGAAUCGGCUAUUUCAUCUUUGAACUCAGUCAAAUUGAGUGCCCAACAAGUCACCAAGACGGAAAUUGUUUACAGUUGUGAAAGUGAAAUCAGUUCCCUUAGUUCGGUUGAGCAUGAAGCACAAAAGACAUUGGAAGCAAUUGUAUCUGAGUAUGAAUCAGCUGUAUCUGUCCAAAAAUCUGCUGCUGAACAACAAAAGUCUGCAGCACAAGUUCAAUUGAGUGAAGCUGAGUUACAACACUCGUCUGAAGCAGUAGCACAUGCACAAUCUGCCGCUGCAGAGGCGUACACUGCCGCUGUUGAAGCAUCGCAAGCCGUAUCUGUGGCAUCUAUUGCUAAAGAAACUGUUGCUGCUGUUGCCAAAACUGCACCUGGUGUUGAAGAGACUGGAGAAGCUACUCAACAAGGCGAAGCUGGUGAACAAGGUGGAGCUGCUCAAGAAGGGGAAGCUACCCAAACGGUCGUUGUAUCCUCGAGUGCUUCGACUGAUCAUCAAAAUGGGGAUGAAGCUACGAAAGCAGGUGCUUUGAAUUCAUCAGAAUCAGAAGGUAGUAACGGAACUCAAUCUGUUGCAGCUGCUAAUGCAGGAGUCAAGUCCUAUGGCUUAUCGAUGCGCUUUAUGAGUACUAUUGUUGCCUUCGCUGCCCUUUUGAUGUAA